AUGCAUCUCAUCAGGCUUCUCUAUGCCCUUCCUAUGGGAAGUCAGCUGGUUGCGACCCUCGACGAGAGAUUCUGUCAGGUCCCGACAUUUAACUUUGAGGAUAUCUUACAGUGUGCCAUUCCGGUCUUCGAAGGACUGUUCCCCACCAACCAUGAUAAACUAGUGCAGUUUCUACUCUAUCGCUUUGCACAGUGGCACACGCUUGCCAAGCUUAGGAUUCACUCAGAAUCUACUGUGAAUCUCCUUGAAGAGACAUUCAAGGCACUCUCUCUGAAGUUGCAGAAGUUCCAACGUGAUACUUGCUCUGCCUUCACUACUACGGAGCUCCCAAAAGAGAGAACAGCUCGUCAAAAAAGGUUUGUGCAGUGCUCUGAAACUAACACCACUCCUCCAGAACCAAGCGGUGUGAAGGUGAAGAAGUUCAAUCUAAACACUUACAAGUUCCACAAAAUGGGAGACUAUGUAAGAACUAUCAAGCUCUUUGGGAGCACGGGUUCCUUUACAACUCAAAUGGGAGAGCUUGCUCAUAGAGCUCUCAAGGAUUUCAUGCCGAAACUAAAGGACCACGUCCUUUACAGGCUGCAGCAGCUAGACAUCGGCUACUGUGAUCACACUUUCACAGACAAAGAAUGCAACUCGGUCAUAAUUCCAAAUAAUACAAUAUAUUCAGUUCAGACGAUGCAAAUAUAUUACACGAUGUAUGACCUGAGGUGCAAGUAUGACACCAUCAACCCUAGAACAUACGGCGACGUUAUGGUAGUCUCGGAAGAAACGGCACCUAGUCACCCAUAUUGGUAUGCCCAUAUAUUGGGUAUCUAUCAUAUGGAAAUGUGGAUUAAUGUGGAUGGAGAACAACCUAUAAAGCAGCACCUGGAGGUGCUCUGGGUCCAAUGGCUGGCGCCAUUGAGGAAUCAUCAGUCCGGCAUGAAGCACACUCGUCUUCCAAAGGUUGCAUUUGUCGACGAAUCAGACCUGGAUGCAUUUGGGUUUCUCGACCCGGGGCAGGUGGUUCGAGGAGCUCACCUGAUUCCAGCAUUUGCAUCAGGACGUGGUUCAAGCUCGCUUCGAUAUGGCCAAUCAUUGGGACAUCCUGGGGGGGAGCCAGAUGACUGGGAAGUGUACUACGUUGGAAUAUGCACAUAUAUUCAUGUUUCUCAGGAGAACGGCAUAUUUGAUGCCAUAGACAAGCAAUACCUUCAGAAAGUUAUAUUCGGCAUUUACCUGGACAGCAAAGAUCCCACCAACAUUGUGGAGGCUUACACCUUCAAUUUCCAUAAGAAAGAUGCAUUGGAGCGCAAUAUCGUCUGGAGUGCAGAUGAAGAUGAGGAUACUGAGGGUGAAAUGGUAAUCGACGAAGGCAUUGUUUUGGCCAGGUUUGGUGGUGACGUAGUAAUUACCCCCAUCGGUAUAUGCAGCGAAGAUGGAGAGGUUCGACCACUCCCUCAAGUCAAUGUCACUUCAUCUCCCGCUCAUGUUCAAACAUCCACUUCAGCUAUCUCCACUCAAGAGGUUGAUACCCAGUACCUUCAGGAUCUACUUAGAAUGAAGAAUGAUGUAUCCACUGUGCCUGAUUCAGAGAUGUUGGAUAUGGAGAUGCAGGUACUGGAGGCGUCUGGACCAUCCUGCAAUCCAGGUACGACUGGUCCACAGAUCCCUCAUCAUAGCAACCAUUCCAAGCGGAUAGAUGAAGGCCAACUUGACUGUGACUGUGGGAUAUCGAAGAUCAACGAUGCUUCUCUGUUGUGUGAGGGUGGUUGCAACUGUUGGUUCCACGUUUGGUAUGGCAUUUUCAUCUCUCAUACAAAGCAAGCCUUCUGA